CACCCGAUCCUGCGCGAGCGGGGCGCGCAGGCGCACUGGGGAGCGGGACCGGGUUCAGUUCCGGGGCUUGGAGCUGCUGCGUGCGCGGCGCGUUCGGCGGGACCGAGGGGCUGAGGGCACGGCGGGACCAUGGCUCGCAACGCGGAGAAGGCCAUGACGGCCUUGGCAAGGUUUCGGCAAGCUCAGCUGGAGGAAGGAAAAGUCAAGGAGCGAAGGCCUUUCCUUGCCUCAGAGUGCAAUGAGCUGCCCAAAGCUGAGAAAUGGAGGAGACAGAUCAUUGGGGAGAUUUCCAAGAAAGUGGCACAGAUCCAAAAUGCUGGAUUGGGUGAAUUCAGAAUUCGGGACCUGAACGAUGAAAUAAACAAACUCCUGAGGGAGAAAGGACACUGGGAAUACAGAAUAAAGGAGCUGGGAGGUCCAGAUUAUGCUAGGAUUGGCCCAAAAAUGUUAGAUCAUGAAGGGAAAGAGGUCCCAGGAAACAGAGGCUACAAAUACUUUGGGGCUGCAAAGGAUUUGCCAGGAGUAAGAGAACUUUUUGAAAAGGAACCCCUGCCACCCCCACGGAAGACUCGGGCUGAGCUGAUGAAGGACAUUGAUGCUGAGUACUAUGGCUACAGGGAUGAGGAUGAUGGCAUUCUGGAGCCCCUGGAGCAGGAGCAUGAGAAGAAAGUUAUAGCAGAAGCAGUGGAAAAGUGGAAGAUGGAGAGAGAAGCACGACUUGCAAGAGGUGAGGAGGAGGAGGAAGAAAACAUCUAUGCUGUCCACGAGGAAGAGUCUGAUGAGGAAGGUGGCAAGGAGAGAGAAGGUGAAGACGGCCAACAGAAAUUUAUUGCACAUGUUCCAGUGCCAACUCAACAGGAGAUUGAGGAAGCUCUUGUACGAAGAAAGAAGAUGGAGCUGCUGCAGAAGUACGCCAGUGAAACCCUCCUGGCCCAGAGCGAGGAGGCAAAGACACUGCUGGGAUUGUAGCAGUGCACAGUGUCCUGCUUGUGGGGAAUCCCUCUGAAAGCAGCAGGCUCCUGAGUUCUGGUAGCAGUGGGUUUUAGCUCUGCAAGUUCCUUUGGAUGUGGAGCAGGCUGCUGGGAUUACAGCGUGGUGUGCUGGAAAGGGUCAAACCUUGGUGAACUCGUCUGUGCUUCUGACAGCUGCCUUGAGUACUUGCAGUUUGGGACAGGGUCUGUGCUGUGGGGCCUCCUGCAGAUAGAACCACACCCAGUGAGCUCCUCAAUCCUGGAAGAAAACCCAUGGUGUUCCUGCCAUCCUGUCUGCUCUGUAAGUGUGCACAUCUUCUCGUGCUGGGUAUUGUUGAGCUGAGAAGUAACUCACACUAUUACACUUGCUUCAUUUGCCAGAAUAACCUGGAACCUGUCUAGAGGGGCCUUGAAGGCAGAUUUUAGGAGUGACCUUGGAGCAGAUUUAAUUCUUUCUAAAACACAUGCAAUGUCUAAAACCUGUUACCUUUUUUGUGGUUUGUAACUGUGCCCGGAUGAAUUGCUUAAAUGCUGGAUAUUCCAGCAGCUACUGUAAAAAACUUUGCAAUACUUUGUUCAAAUAUUUUUUAUUAAAACUUAUUUACAACCUGA